AUGGACGACAACUUGGCGUCUGGUAGCUCUAAUCCUCUAAACGGACUCCACCUCGCGGAUUCUGCACCGGUCGACCUGAACGGAGCCAUGGCCAGCUCGGUGAAUGGAGCCAUUGAUGGUGUCAUGAAUGGUUCAACAUUUGUGACAUCCGUUCCCGUUAUGGGAAACCUCAACGGCUACCCCUCAAUACCUGAUGCGUCAUUUGGUGACAUGACCCUUGCAAUGAAUGGGAUGCAGCCUGAGAUGUUCGUGGUGCCGCCUCAGCAACCUAUAUCUGCCGAUGAGAUCGCAUUAUAUGACAGACAAAUCCGCCUAUGGGGCAUGCAAGUCCAGGAAAAGCUCCGUCGCGCGAACGUUCUUCUCAUCGGAAUGAAAGGCCUGGGCUGUGAAAUCGCAAAGAAUCUGGUUCUGGCAGGAGUUGGAGUGUUGACAAUACUUGAUCACGAAGUCGUUGUGGAAGAAGAUUUGGGGACGCAGUUCUUUGUCCGGGAAGCUCAAAUCGGCCAGAAUCGUGCGCAGGCCGCUCUCGCGGAGCUACAGAAGCUGAAUCCACGGGUUGAGGUAUACACGGACCCGAAUGCGGCUGUGACCAAGGAUCCGGAAUAUUUCCAGAAUUUCGACAUUACUAUUGCAACAGGCCUCAUUAUGGACGUGCUGGGGACCAUCAAUAUGGCCUGCCGGAUGUAUGGCCGGAAAUUCUAUGCCGCAGAUACCCACGGUAUGUACGGUUACAUAUUCGACGACUUGAUCAUCCAUGAUUUCGUGAUUGAGAGACAGCAGAGGAACAAGCCCACGAAAAUCGGCGAUAUGGAGACUUCCACCAAAUGUGUCACCGCUGUCGAGUCGAAGAAGGAAAAUGAGAAGACCAUGGAACUCAUUACCUAUCAAGAGACCUAUUCGCCCAUUCAGCUAGCCAAUCUGUCUCCUCUUCCUGCACGGAUAAGGAACGCUCGACGAAGCCGCACAAAGGUCACUCCUUUACUUUCUUGCCUACGGGCUCUAUUCGAUUUUCAAGGCCAGAUGGGUGGCAGACUUCCCGCACACAACAGAGCAGACCUUGAGCUCUUCACCAGGUUAGCAAACCAGAAACAUCUAGAGCUCUCACUCCCUUUGGAUUCCCUGAGAUCAGAGUUUCUGCGGACUUUCCUGCAGAACCUUGGCGCUGAGAUCAGUCCAGUUGUUGCAUUUCUUGGAGGCUAUUUGGCACAAGAUGUGAUCAAUGUUUUGGGACAAAAGGAGCAGCCGCUUCAAAACUGGCUACUCUUCGACGGAGAAGAAUUUACCGCCACCCAGUUCUCGAUACAUCCUAUCAACGACGAUGCCAUGGAGAUGAUGAACACCAACGGGGCUGUGAUGGUGCCAGAGCUUACGUCAAUCGAAGGCACAGUACCAGUGGCUUAA